AUGGGCUUCUUCAAAGUUAUCGCAGAGCACCAUUCUAUUGUGGCUGGACAACAAUUAUUUUUCUGUUAUGGUGCUCAUAAUAAUGACCAACUUUGGAUAGAAUAUGGUUUUAGACUUUUGGAGAAUCCUUUUAAUCGUGUGAAUAUUUCAAUAGAUUUGUUCGUUGUUUUAGCUGAACGUUGUGGACAAAAAGUUGAAUCAGCAAGAAGAGAAAUUCUUAAAAAGGCUCGUCUACCUUGUACAAUUUAUGCAACUGAUGAAAUUCCGAGUUUUGCACUUCGUAAAAAUGCUUCAAUUUUAUUGAUGAAAAAAUCAAAAUUAUCAAAUUGGAGUCAAUAUCUUUUUUCUGAUGAAGAAAAUGAAUAUGAAGAAGAAGGAAUUUUAACUAGUCCAGAAAUAAAAUUAAUUGUAUCGAUUUUGAGGAAACUUGAAAAUGCCCUUAUUGCUAGAAGAAAUGAAUGCUCGAUGGAGGAAAUUUGUGCAUCCUGGGAUGAUCAAAUACAAAUAUUAAAAAGGAUGUUAAUUAAAUAUUGAAUGUUUAUCUAAGUUUGUUGAUUUUAUUUAAAAAUAGAAAAGCCUCGCUUGUAAGUACGCCCUUCACUUUAGGAUCUCUGGUUCUGAUUUCGCUUGUAAUCAGAGGUGGACAGAGUUUAGAAAAAUCGAGUCGAGUUUCGAAUCUGGUUUUCAAUAUUUUCUUCGAAAAGGGUUUCGGGCGAGGUCCACAAGUG